GUUAGACAGCUCGUCUAUGUUUAGUCCCUGAAUCUACAAAACUACCGUCUCCUCUAGUGAGCAAGUAUAAGACGAAUAUGCUCUUUAGUGAUAUUUUCUAACAAUUCAUGUUACAGAGGCAGACAUCUAUGCAAAGAAACCAUUACAUCCGUUCAAACAAACAUGCCAUAAUUCUCUGUGGCGUCGACCUCGGCAGAUCUAAGACGAUGUACCACGCAAGACAUCCUGGCCCUAGAUAUGAUUCCGUCGAGAUGGCCACCGUACAUGAAACCAGGGAAGUAUAGGAACCAUGGGGGUAAGAG